AUGUCUGGGGCCUCAGAGAGUGAUGAAUGUGUAACAGCUAAUGGGAGGGUUUACAUUCCUGAAGUAAGAAAUGAGGAAACACCAGCAGUUGGGAUGAAGUUCGACUCGCUUGACCUCGUUUAUAAUUUCUAUAAUAGAUAUGCAUUCUUGGCUGGCUUUGAUUCUACAAAAGUACUCACAAAACAGUUGGGUUCAGUUAAUAUUCCCAUUAAUCAGAAGAAAUAUAGAAGUAGAUCAAUAAUAUACGUGGAUAAAAUGUCUGGGGCCUCAGAGAGUGAUGAAUGUGUAACAGCUAAUGGGAGGGUUUACAUUCCUGAAGUAAGAAAUGAGGAAACACCAGCAGUUGGGAUGAAGUUCGACUCGCUUGACCUCGUUUAUAAUUUCUAUAAUAGAUAUGCAUUCUUGGCUGGCUUUGAUUCUACAAAAGUACUCACAAAACAGUUGGGUUCAGUUAAUAUUCCCAUUAAUCAGAAGGUAAGUAUUUUCGAGGUGCAGUCCGGAGGAAUGGAUAAAAUCGGUUUUAUCAGAAAAGAUAUCUACAAUCUUGAAUGUAGUGUGAAUGGGAAGCUGAGGAACCACGAUGUUGAACUAGUGACCGAGUAUUUUAUGGCAGAACAGAAAAAAAAUGAGGCUUUUUAUUUCAAGAUUGAGGGAGAUGGCGAUAACAGGUUUAGUCGAUGUUUUUGGGCAGAUGCAACUUCUAGACGGGCGUACGGGUUUUAUGGAGAUGUUGUUGUAUUCGAUACCACAUUCAACACGAAUAGAUACGACUUGACAUUUGCACCAAUGUUGGGAGUUAAUAACCAUGGUCAAACAAUUGUCCUAGCAUGCGCAUUUUUGAGCAAGGAAACGACUGAGUCGUUUAUUUGGAUGUUUGAGGAGUUUAAGAAAGCCAUGCCAGGUGGCGAACCUAAAACGAUCAUCACAGAUCAAGAUGCGGCAAUGAGCAGAGCGAUUUCAAUAGCCUUCCCGACUACAUUUCAUCGACUUUGCAUAUGGCACAUCACAUCAAAGUUCUCUGUUAAGUUACCACAUUCUGCUUAUAAGGAGUAUUGGGGUGAAUUCCAGAAAGCCAUAUAG